AUGUCCGAACCGUCGCCGUCUCUUCCGAACAACGACGUCAAAAAGAACUGUCUGUUUAAAGACGACGACGACGACGACGAGACCGUCGUGUGCCUGUGCUCAAAUUGUGAUAGGUGUGACGACGACGACUACAGAGAAGAGACGCCGACUGAUUCGGACUUGGACUUUAUAAAUGACGGCGUCAUCUCCAUUCACACGGCAACCUCUUCUUCCAGUGACGAGGAAGACGACGAUGACGACAGCGUCAAGUGUGUCUACGUGAACCGGCGUCGUGGACGAAUUAUAACGAGCGACGACGAAGAUGACGACAGCGUCAAGUGUGUCUACGUGAAACGAAGUCGUCGACGAAUUAUAACGAGCGACGACGAAGAAGACGAAGAAGCAUCUACGCCAAAGAAAAUUCUAGUCGACGGAACUAGUAGUGAAAAAUAA